UAAUAAUGGAUGAAUAUUAUUCGAGCAAAGUUGCAUUGCAACAACAAUUGAUAACAUUACGACGUGCAAUACUGUUUGCUGUAAUUUUAGCAACAACUGCAAUAUUUGCUUGCAUGUUUUCAAUACCGGUAUUUUACAAUUAUUUGCAAUAUAUGCAAGUAAACAUGCAAAACGAAAUUGAUUUUUGCAGGCAACGAAGUCGAAAUAUUUGGAAAGAAGUAACUAAAACACAAAUUUUAUUUGGAGGACAAAGAUACAAACGAUUGGCAAGUUUUGUUGGUACGAUAGAUAGUUAUUCGAUCAAUAACCAACAAACAUCGCCAGCGGAAACAGUGACACCCUCAUGUUGUGGAUGUGGUGUGUCACCACCGGGACCAAGAGGUGUACCGGGUCUGGAUGGUGAAGAUGGUCUGGACGGAUUACCGGGGCGACCGGGUAUGGAUGGACGGGAUGCUCCGCCACCCAAACUACCAGAACGCGUUGUUUUCUGUUUUGAAUGCGAAGAAAGUGAACCUGGUCGUCCGGGACAGCCGGGCCAGAAAGGACCAAUUGGGUUACCGGGCUUGCCAGGUCAUGAUGGAUAUCCAGGCACACCUGGACAUCCUGGCAUGCGCGGACCACAAGGACCAUCUGGUCCUCCUGGUAAAUCAGGUCUUCCUGGACGUCCUGGAAGUCCCGGGACUGUUGUGGAAACAUAUGUACCUGAAGGACCACAAGGACAACUAGGCCGCAGAGGAGAACAAGGCGUGCCAGGGCUUCCUGGUCAAAAUGGAUUACCAGGCAAGGAUGGAGUGGAAGGACCACCUGGUAAUCCGGGCUACGACGGAGUUCCUGGUACGAUGGGACCCAUGGGUGAACCAGGUAUGAAAGGAUCAAAGGGACCUGCAGGACUGUGUGACCACUGUCCACCACCAAGAGUGGCUGUAGGAUACUAA